CACUUUCCUUCACGCUUAGUUGGAAAGCAGUUUUUUUGGAAGUAGCUUUGCUCAUCUGUGUGAUGACUUAGUCGUGGCUCUUCCGUAGCUACCGUUCGCGUAGUUACGUUUCGCCGCAGCUACUCAUGAGUGUCUGCGGUUUGCAGCAGAAGACUCACUUUAAAAGAGUGUUACCCUUUGACGUAGCUCUUGAAGGAUCAGGAGUCAGGGUUGCUGAUGUGCGGUUGCUCAUCAUACUUAUCCCUUUCCCUAAGGAGAAGCUGUUUGCGUCCGCUCUGUGGUUGUGAACCUGACACGAGGGAUUUGAAGCUUGAAGAACUUCAAGGUAAUGCGGUUUUGCUGUUCCUGAGAAGCGGUUUUUGCAGUCCAAAGAACAACGCUGGUUCUGAGUAUCUAACACACCUGUGCGGGCUCGUGUGUGUCAUCUCCGCAUAUUCCACGUGUGCUCGUGGGUAUAUGCGGAUAUUGGUCAUUCCCCUUUACAUAGUGUAAAUAUAUAUUUUCUAUUGUUUGAGGGGAUGUAAAAAACGACAUGCGGUUUAGGUUAUGGUUUGAGAAACCAUAAAAAACCGUGUGCCGCGUACAUGAGAGUUGUCUUCAUUUGCAGCUUUUGUAAAUGUUGUAGACCGCACGUGCGGGUUGGUGAAAGUUGGUGGGAUUUGCCUGGCAUGUGCUGAAACGAAAGGACGUUUGCACUACCCAAGGCAAUCACUACACUGCAGCAGAAGGUGAAAAGUCUGGUUAUGUCAGGCGCGUGGGCGGCCACGCGCGCGUGGUAACCGUCAGCGGAAUUGUUGUUGUACACGUGGCGUUGCAUGAUUCGCUCUUUUAGCUCACGACGUUUCGGUUACUGUUCAGAUGACAGUUUCCAUGGGUUUCUUCUCUUUCCGUCAAUGAGACGGUAGCCCUAAGCUGAUGGUCCCUCCCAAGGGUAUUACGAAGUGGAAAACAAAAUUCUUCUACAUUAAGGCUGUUGCGGUCACUGCCAAGUUAACCUUUAGGAACGUGACGGACACCAUUAUAACGGAGACCAUUAGUGUCCCCAAGGUUGAUACGGUGGACUGGUUCCCGAGGUUGCGGAUCAUCGGGUGGAAGAUACUGAGCAACUCGCAGAUGUGGGUGCUGCGGAUGAUGCUGGGAAGGAUGAGUAGGAAAGCAAGGUCGGUCGUGCGGGAGAAGAGUGGUGGUAAGUAUCUUUCUUCCUAUGCGGUUUCUUGCUUUCUUAUUUUGUUACUGAGAUUUUGUAAAUGUAAUAUCAGAGGAUGCUCCCCUUUGGAGAAUUUUUUACCCGGACUUCAAGGGAAAGGUUGAGGUGCUUGCUUGUGCGGAUGAUGAGGAUGGGUUUAAUGUUACCAUCCGCGACAAUUUCCGGGUGCCUGCGCAAGCCGCAUUGGAGGCAGAAUUGCCGUAAGGCAAAGGUAUAGUAGAUGUACCUUCCUUACUUGUUUUGUAAAUAAGUUGGCCUUGCUGAUUGCUUGUUGAUGAAUGAAACGCAGGUAAUCUUGGGCCCUUGGGAGACCCUGAUGCGAUAGACGUUCCCAAAAAGCGUGUGGAAAAAGGCGUGAGGUUUCGCAAGCCGAAGAAAACGCAUGAGCCGGCUAUUGUUCCUCCCUUGGUGCCACAGGUGGCAGGUAUCUCUCGUACUCGUUUACGCAGCUACAACGAUUACGUGGUAGUGUCUGACACCCUUGAGGGUUUGGGUAUUCUAGGUGGUGGUGCAGUUGCGAGUGGGUCCUCUGCAGGUUCUAAACCUGCUGAUGAGAAAAAGCGGAAGGUAGAUGCCGCUGGUGCUGGUGAGCAGAAACGUCCGAAGUUGAGAAGGACUCGGACAGCUGCUAUCUCGCAGCCAAAGCCUACGGUUGUGACUGGUAAGUUGAUCAUAUGUUUACAAGUGUUUGUCAUUUUGGCUUGUAACUUAUGGUUGUUUUUUGCGUUGUUGUAGAACCGCGUGAGGAGACUUAUUCCUUUUUUGAGGCUUGUUCUUCUCCUCCGCGAGAUGCGGCUGCGGACCCGUGAGUUAAUAAGGAGUUCAGGAGAAGCCCUUCUAUCGAAGUAGUUACUCCGCCAUCUGCGCAUGCGGAGGAUGCUCGGAAGAAGGCCGCGGGUCAGAGCAUCUUUAAUACAGUGGAUUCAUCUGACAAUUUGAUUGAGCCACGUGAUAUUGAUGUUGAGGGGGGUGAGAAACCGAAGUCUCCUGAAGCUGAGAAGCCAACCCCCCCACCCCGCCCUCUGGUUGUUGAAAAAACAUCUGGUUCAACUGCCGCGGGUAUGGGCUUUGAAGGAUCGUCUAUUCAGCCUGGUGAGACUGAACUGGAGUUCUAUUAUCGUUCUUACACGGAAAACUGGGGUGUGAACUACCAUCGUCCUCCUUGGACUGUUAUGCAAGGGGAUGAUAUUUCGAAUGAUCCCUCAGCUUGUAGGAAUAUCUUGAGUGGUUUGGCACCCCGUUUGAGGUUCUUCGUGCCCGUGGUCUAUCUCGUGAGAAUCGGAUAAACCAGAUCUCUUCCAUGCUUGUUGGAAGCUCUAUAAUGGCGAAUGCGAUUAUAGAGGAUUACAGGGUCCUUGGCCGCAAGGAAGAGGAGAUCGAUCGCCUGCGGGCUGAGGCUGAGGCAAUGGUAAAGGUUGCUCGUGAAGGUGCGGAGCAGGUUGAAAGAGAGAAGGCUGCUUUUGAGAAGCAAAAGCAGACUGAAGCUUGGGCUGCGACAGCUCGCCUUAAACAGGUUCGUACUCUUUCCAAAUUGCUUUCUGAUGAGCGCAAGGGUUGGAGGGAAGCUUGCGCUCGAGAAAAUGAAAAACUUUUCCGUGUUCGUCAGCAGGUGACCAAUCUCAAGGCGGCGAAUGUUGCUUUGGUAAAGGAAAAGGCUGCAGGUGAAGCGGCUGCCAAAGAGGCCAAAGAAGCGGAGGCACGCGGUGCCAAGGCUCUUGUCGAGGGCCUCAAGGUUGAAGUGCAGAACCGGGUGACCAUUCUUGAGUAGGUCACUGCCCGCGCGGCUGAAGCUGAAGCGCGAGCAAGAGAGGCUGCUGAGGCUAGAGAUAGCCUAAUUUCCUCUUUGGAUCAGAUUGUCGGAACCAUUCUUG